AUGAGAUCUGUCCCUAACCGUGCGUUGCGCAAAAAAUUGGCAUACAAACUUGAUCAUGAAAGGAAGCGAAAAGGCCGAGUUCCUCUGUUACAAGAAGAGGAGCAAUCCGCCAAUAGCAGCAAUGCAGACGAAGUUGACCAAUCGUCGUCAGAAUCAUCAUCGAAGUCAGAAUUAUCAUCCAAUCGAAUUGAAUCCUUUGAUGCAAUAGAGCGAAAGAACAGCACUUCAUCUUGGAGAAUGGGGAUGAAAUGGAACAAUACACUCGGCACUAGAAACGAGGACCGAUAUCAUGGGGGUUUGAUGAAGUCUUCGGAGCCAACAUCAGACGAAACAGGACAGGGAAGAGGGAAAAAAUCCAGUCGUCUGAAUAAAUUGGCAAGGAAAUAUCGGGGUUUGGAGUCGGAAUAUUUAUCAGAUGCUGAAACCGUUAGCAACUUUUCUUCGUCCGAGUGGACUCCAGCAGAUUCUGGGUAUGGAGCUGCAUGCCCUGUGUGUGGUUGUAUUCCAAAGCAUGUUAGAAGAAUGAUUGAGUUUUCAUUGAUAGCUGGGAUGUUUUUUGCGUUUGUGUACAUAUUGGUGAAGACAUCCGUGGACAUUGCUGACGAACGAAAGAACUCUUACAAGAAUUCAUCAUACAUCGACGUGCAACUCGACGAUGACCUAUAUGGAGGAUACGGAAGGCAGGGGGACGAUGACCUCUAUAAUGUAACGGGUAAUGUAACGGAUACUGAUGUCGGAGAUGACGGGUACGGAGAGAGAUUUUUGUUGAGAAGACGAUAA